UCUGUUCACCAUCAACCUCUUGAGCAUCUCCAGGAACCCAGGAAGGUGCGAAUGGCCCGUUCAAGAGCCUCCUGUCUGGGGAAGGAGCGAAAGGAUAAAGGAUAGAGCGGUCAGUCAGACCAGGCGCCAUUCACUCCUCAAAACAUGCCGUGCCCUUAUAUCUUUUGCAAUCCCCCUUUGUCGUCCGUUUCGCCACUCAAACGACAAAGAGAGAUUGUCGCAUCUUGCUUUCACAGAGCCUCUUCCUGUGUGAGACGACAACAAGAACUCUCUGUUCGCCUGGCACGAGUAAGGGACCAUUCUUCCCUUCGUUCUGAAAAGAUACAUAAAAGCUGGCCUCGGCGCAUCUCAAGUCCUCCGAAAACCAAGCAGCAAACCCGCCCACCGGAUCAAGGUAAGUCAAGUGCAACCACAGGUAAGUAUUUUUUUUUAUGUCCACGUCUCCCGGUCAGGUAAGAUGUGUCGGUUUUCCAUGAACUUCUGCAGUUGGUGCGGCCAUUUCUACAUCCACAGAGCACCCUGCGUCAUCCCUAUUUGCACUUUUACAGGCAGUGCUCCAACCCGCUUCUCUCUCCAAGAUGACUGCCCAGCCUGCAUGGGUCACCCCGUUCAACCCACGCCUCCCCCAUCCCCGGCCACCAUAGCCCACAGCCGCUUUUUCACCCGUCACGAUGCCCUCGCCGACCAAACCGGCACGCGCGCACGGCGCCAGAACUUAUUAGUCAACACGGCGGACCAUUACAGCCAGCCACAGCAACCAACGUAUUCGCUAUACAGCCCAAUGACGGCCAGACCCGAGCUCCUCCGCGUUGUCCUCGUUGCUGAACUGCCCGAGAAUAGCGCCGCCUGUCCAAUCUGUGGCGGUCCGCUCUCCGACUGUACCUUCGACCCCGACGCCUGGGACAAAAGCGAGUUUCCCGUGUACCUUCCUUGCGACCAUCGACACAUCUUCGGGGCCUCCUGCGUCCUACGCUGGUUGAAGGAUAACAGCACAUGUCCGGUGUGCCGGUGUGAGUUUAAUAUAGACCGCGAGACGGGUGGCCCUUGGGAGACUGGCGAGGAGCGCGCUCGCCGUAUCGCCGAUCGGCCGACGUCUGAGGUGAGGAUUGUUGAUGAGGAGCUGGAGUUUGCGGAUUAGAGUGACCGCCCCAUGCCCAGGGGUCUCGAUGGUGAGGCACAAGACGGUGGGGUCGGUGAGUCGGGAGAUAACAUCGCAACAGAACGAAGGAGAGAGAUUGAACUUCAAGUGGACGAAUUGAUUCAAGAGGAAUCAAGAAAUAGGUAACCAGGUAACUUCACUAGGUGAGUUAGGUAAGCAACUCCCGUUCGUUAUAAAUAUCCGCUUUCCUUGGGAGGUUUGUAUCGGGUAGGCAACCCUUGUUUGAUAUCUUAUCCCCUUUCCUUUCAAGAUUCGUCUCGGAUCGGUAGAUUGACAAACAAACAUUACUACAAAACGCCAAGGAAGCUACGAGUUACAAUUUAUAGACAUAGAACUCUUCCAUAUAUAAUUAGACAUAACGUGGUUUAUCAGUACGUCG